AUGGAUAUAAAGGACCACAAGGCAGCUACACUUUCCCCCUUAGUAAGCGAUCAUAUUUGGGCAUGCAAUGAACCGACUAAAGACUGGAAGGUCAUUGGUCAUUCUUCGCUAGGCCGUGCGAGAUCGAAAAGCAUUGUUGGAGAUAUUGUAUCAGGACGAACCCCGGCAGGGGUUAUUCCAUGGAGUAGUUUAGAGGACCCCUUGUGUGAUAAGAAGCGGAGUAUGUCUACGUCGGCCAUUUCGGGACUGGCCCUUAAAUUAGGCCUAGAAGAGAAUGGCAGUAAGUACAAAGGUCUCUGUACAGCCCUUAAGGAGGGAUUGGUGAAGCCCGAAGCCAUUAAAAUGGAAAAGGGUACUUUAACCUCUUUAAGACGGCACUCAUUGGACCCGACUGUGUUCUAUGAAGUCAUUAAGGCCGAAAAGCUCAUGGCCAAUAAGAAUAGGACGAACGCCUUUCCAGCUAAGUCAACGACUGAUAAAGUAUGUUUAGUCCAGUUUGGAAGUGGCAGUAAGUGUUUUGGUAUUUAUAAAGGUGUGUUUUUGGCCAAGGGGACUUUUGUGAUUAUUGAGGCUGAUCGAGGUGAAGAUUGUGGCGCCGUGCUUUUAGAGUGUCCAACUAAGUGUAUACCAGAGAUUGCUCAAAAGUACGGACUGUCUUCUUUAGAGAUCAAGCAAAUCUACCGCAUUGCUACGGAGCAGGACAAACUCCUUUUGUUGGAGCAGAAUGAACUGGAAGCUGAAGCUGUGCGCAGCUGUCGUGAUAAGGUUGAGGCCAAAAAUCUAGCGAUGGAAAUAGUGAGUGCUGAGUAUCAGUGGGACCGUAAUAAACUCACCUUCUAUUUCAAAAGCGAGAAAAGAGUGGACUUCCGGGAUCUGGUUAAGGAUCUCUAUAAGGUUUACAAAACGCGUAUUUGGAUGUGUGCAGUGGAGAAGAAAGGUGCACCUCUUAAACCAGAACUCAUUGAGGACUACGGUCUUGAUGAUACCACCGACACUGAAGACCUUAGUAUGUCCCUAGACUCCCAACCCCUUUCCCGCUAA